AUGCCGCACCGCAUGCUAGCCCCAGGAACUGACACAACGGCUCGCUCGGUAGGCCAAAGGUCUCAGCCACGCACGCGUAGAACUGUGGUGCCGGCUGCAACCCCUCUAGAACCUCACCUCCCAAACUCCCCGCCCCCCCUGUACCCCCGUCCGCUCUCUGCUGCUCUCGCCCCUGCCCCACCCCCGAGCCCACGCCCUGAGGCGCGGCGCCCUGAGCCCGCGACCUGUGCUGGCUCUCCUGCUGCCGCCUCUGCUGUCCCCCCUCUCCGCCCUGGCUGGUCUGCACCCCCUGCCGUCCCCUCUGCCCACCUGCCCCUCGCGCCACCUGACCCCACAGCUGAUGCUAUCCCCACUGUGCCCCGCUGCCCGGCUGCAACGGCUGCAAAUGCCCGACUUACUUCUUCCACCCCCUUACCCGCCCACUCAACCCCUCUGGUGCUGGCGGCUGGCGCUGGUGCUGGUUCCUGGUGCUGGCGGCUGGCGCUGGUGCUGGUUCCUGGUGCUGGCGCUGGUGCUGGUGCUGGUUCCUGGUGCUGGCGGCUGGCGCUGGUGCUGGUUCCUGGUGCUGGCGGCUGGCGCUGGUGCUGGUUCCUGGUGCUGGCGGCUGGCGCUGGUGCUGGUUCCUGGUGCUGGCGGCUGGCGCUGGUGCUGGUUCCUGGUGCUGGCGGCUGGCGCUGGUGCUGGUUCCUGGUGCUGGCGGCUGGCGCUGGUGCUGGUUCCUGGUGCUGGCGGCUGGCGCUGGUGCUGGUUCCUGGUGCUGGUGCUGGUGCUGGUGCUGGUUCCUGGUGCUGGCGGCUGGCGCUGGUGCUGGUUCCUGGUGCUGGCGGCUGGCGCUGGUGCUGGUUCCUGGUGCUGGCAGCUGGCGCUGGUGCUGGUUCCUGGUGCUGGCAGCUGGUGCUGGUGCUGGCUCCUGGUGCUGGCGCUGGUGCUGGUGCUGGUUCCUGCUGCUGGCGGCUGGCGCUGGUGCUGGUUCCUGGUGCUGGCGGCUGGCGCUGGUGCUGGUUCCUGGUGCUGGCGGCUGGCGCUUGUGCUGGUUCCUGGGCGGGGAGCAAGCUGGCUGGCGCGUCGGUUGGCGAGCUGGAUGGCGCGUCGGUUGGGCCACCACCCCUUUCCCCCUUCCCUCCUCCCCCCCCCCCACCGCGACCGUCGCUGCAACCGCGCAGGGCAGGGACGGGUGGGGAAGAGGUGGCGGGGUGGGGAGCUGACGACGGGCUUGCUCGCGGGCUCGCGGGUUAG